AUGUACCAGCCCUGCCGGAGGACGGCCCGACGUGUCGGUUGCUGCCUCCGAGCCUACCAAGCUCGACCCCAGCUUCCCAACAUCUUCCUUCACUCCCACGACUAUACACUCUAUUCAUCGGAUGUGGAAUUCAUUAAUGAAGUCCUGAACAUACGUACCAAGGGUCGAGCAUGGUACAUUGUGUCACUGACCCUCUGCCGUUUCCUCACCUGGAACUAUUUUGCACAGUUUCGGUUAGAGAUUCUACAGCUAACCCGCCACCCUGAGAACUGGACCUUGCAAGCCCGUUGGCGCCUUGUGGGGCUGCCCAUCCACAUGCUAUUUCUGCGUUUUUACAGGCGUGACAAGGAUGAGCUUUACCGGACCUAUGAUGCCUAUUCUACCUUCUACCUGAAUUCCAGUGGUCUCAUUUGUCGCCAUCGUUUAGAUAAACUGAUGCCUUCACACACUCCCUCUGCGCCUGUAAAGAAGCUGCUAGUGGGAGCUCUGGUAGCCCUGGGGCUGUUGGAACCAGAACCCAACUUACACCUGUAUUCCAAGGCCUGA